AUGAUAUCCAAUACAGAAAACAACGAGCCUGUACCUGUAUUUCUUGAUAUAGAUGAGGGUGAGCUUAGACAGGUUAUAUAUGGAUUACCCAUCGAUCCUCGUUCAAAUAGAAUCAUGUUGACAUCAAUAAAGGAUAAGGAGCAAGAGAAAUGGGUUUUGCCAAAGUGCGAGGUGGAGAGCCAUGAGAACCAAGAGCCUGAGGUCCAUCGAGAAGUGUAUGAACAAGCGGGUGUACGAGGACAGAUUGUAGGACUCGUUGGAUCAUUUUAUGAGUGCGGCAAAAAGGGAAAGCCAAAAUCACACAUCAGGAUUUACGAGCUUCAGAUCGACGAGCUAUUUAAGAAAUGGCCAGACAAAAAGAGACGAGAGAGACGAUGGUUUUCAUAUCAAGAAGUUUUAGAACUACUAGGCAACAAACCCUACUUGAUCGAGUCUCUGCAACAGACUUGCUUUGCAAAUUCAACCGUAAUCGAUAGGCCCAUUAAACCAACUCCUCCCCCAACAAAGCAAAAAGACGAGAAAAAGUCGAAACGAUUCUUUAGAAAAGUGGUGGGUUGA